GUGAUAUUAAAAAUUAUAAUUUGUCCAUCGUGAUUGAGUAAUUUCGCUAAACAUACAUGUAUGUGUGUGAUAAAAGUGGCGAAAUUUGCCCUUCCACCCUUGCGUCUUAUUGUUAGUGCAAUUUCAAACUAAAUAUCAAACAGAAAACGUCAAAAUAAUAAAUAGAUCAUGAAUUUAUUAUAAUACUCUAUUUUCAUGACUGUGUUGCGUUUAUUUUUAUUGCGUGACAAAUUUACAAAAAGCAAAAUGGUUCGCAGUUUUGCAGAGUUGGGAAACUUUUCUCUGCCAAUGAGCUAGUGUCAGGAUGCUGAUGGAUAUAGCGUUGCAUCCGGUUUUAUAUACAAUUCGUUUGUUUCCUCUCUAUAAAAUCAGUCUAUAUGUUACAACCAAUUCGACUCACUGCUGUCUGCAACAAUGAUAAUCAAGCAUGUUCAACAUAUUUUCAUCGCAGCGCUCAUUAUUUUAAAUAUUUUGUUUGUCUUGGAAGCUGCAAGAAAAAACGGAAGAGGGUCAAACUCGCGUCUUAGACGGAAAACGAUAAUUAAAUGCUGUGGAACGGAAUCUUGCUUUAGAAUGGGCUCAAAACGUGUUACGGUGACCACCAUGUUAACACGCACAAAUAUUACAACCACGUCAUCCAAAACAACCAGUUUGUUACCAAGUGAACCGUUCACUGAAGUAUCAGAAUUGAGCAGUGCUGUAGCAUUAACAUCUCCAUCCAAGGAAACAACAGAAGCAAUCACGGAACUUGUACAAGAAACUUCGACGGAGAGAAUGACAGAACCAAUAACAACGGUUUUUACUGAGCCACCAAGAAUUGAACCAACUACUACUGAGUCAACUACUACUGAGUCAACUACUACUGAGUCAACUACUACUGAGUCAACUACUACUGAGUCAACCACUACUGAGUCAACUACCACUGAGUCAACUACUUCAUCGUCUUCAACCACGACUUCCACAACUACAACCACAAAACCACCAACGCAAGAGGAGCUGAUAAGAGGAGUGUGUACUUCUUAUGAUACAGAUCCAGCAUUGUUUGCUACAGAAAACGCAGUGAAAGAUCCAAAGAAGUAUGGUUUCUGGGUUCAAUCUUGUGGUCAACAGUUUUUGCUGGGAAAGAACUUGGCCACUUGGAGGGAGAACUUGAUAAACUGUUCAAGGAUCGGAAUGGCACCGCUAACAUUUGAAUCGCCUGCCAAGCUUGAGUGCUUUCGAAACAUGGUUUCUAAAUGGAAAUUCAAUGCGAAUUACUGGACAUCUGGUUUAAGAUUUAAUGAUAGAAAUUUUGGAUGGUGCGUGAAAAACGAUACAGUCCUAAUGGAUGGCGUGAAUUUACCAUGGGCAGCAGGAAACCCAGACAAUAGAAAUGGCACUGAAAACUGCCUGCACCUGAAAGUGAACAGGACGAGAGCAGACUUCCUGUUUUCGAACAGGAUUUGCACUAGUUUGCAAUUUUUAGCGUGCCAGGGGCAACCAACUCCAGCACCUCCAGGAUGCUCAGCCCCCGCUUGCCCAAAUAUUACAUGCGCUAAAAAUAUGUCAAUCCACGUUACUAUAGGGUACAGGGACUUCUUAUAUAGACCAUUUCGACACGGUACCUGGUUUCAAGAACAUCUGCGGACGUACAUGUUUAGUUUUCCAAACAACACACAGACUUUUGCAGGCGCCAUCCAAGCAUGUUGCGAGUUUGGAUUACAGUUGCUGAGUCUGGAAAGUGUUUACAAAUAUCAAUCUCUGAUCAAAGCUAUAAAAGUAAAUACGUCUGACAGCGAUUUUUUCUGGACCUCCGGAAGUGAUCAAGGCUGCGAGGGCAAAUUCGGUUGGUGCAAUGUUCCUCAGUGGCGGGUAAACAAGAGCGCGCCUUGGGCGUCCGGACAGCCUGACAACGCACAGGGCAACGAAAACGCCGUUGCCAUUUUCUUGAACAAAACGCACGCACAGCUUUUUGAUUUCAACGAACAGAAGAAAUUCAGAUUCAUUUGCGAGUCUCGACAAACUUAUGGCAUUCCGUCACCAGGAGCUAUGGUGAGGGAUGAGUGCGGUUCAGUGUACAAAUGGAAUCAAAGUGAAAUCGACAGGCUCCUCAGUGACACAAUAAUUCAAAUGACCGCGCCUAAUUCAAAACCCUUUGUCACUUGCGUCGCAGAGAAAUCUGACCUGAUGGUCAACGGUGAAUUUGUGGAGAAUGAGGUUUUGGCAGUGAUGGAGAACCAAGCAGGUGAAAAUAGAAACGAACUUCAAAGUAACAUUAACAUAGUGAGGGACGAUUGCGGUAGCUCCACAGCUGGAAUGAACGACACAGACAAAGCUUCAAAAAUGUUUUCCUGCGUUGGCGAAAAAGCCCCCGCUGUGUUAACAGGCGUUGUUGCAGGCAUGGACCAAGCGCUACCACCACUUGAAAAUGAUCCAAUGCCACCAGAUGCUUUUUGCUUCAACGAACACACUAACUGCACUGUUGAUCCAGUACUUAAGGCGGAAAUUGAUGCGUGCAAAUCGACCUGCGCCGUGGCAAGUGGGGACGUAGAAGUUAUUUGCGGCAAAAAGUUCUACCAGUUUAAACCCAUUGUGGUCAUGGAAGAAGCCUUUAAACAAUGCUGCAUUCGAGGAAUGAAACUUGCUUCGAUCGCUACUUUAGAAGAAAAGCUCUGCCUCGCUAAUAUGACCUUAUCAGAGGCACCGGUAUGGAUGUGGGUUGCAAUUAGCAGAAUCAACAGUACGCGCGCACGCUGGUGCACUUCGCCAGAGCCCUUCUCACUUAAAGACUACGUUUGGAAGAAUGACAAUGCUGACCUUCUUUUAGAUGCGUAUGUUGUCGCCCCUAAAUUAAAUAUCAUCACCAUCAGCAAGCGAUCAAAUUUUCACAGCCCCCUUUGCGUUUUAGAAUAAAGCACCCAAAAUUAUAAAAGUUUCAAGUAUUUGAAAUUAUGUUAUGUACUCAAACAUAAACAAAAAUUACAGAUGUUUUUGAUAAAAUGAUUUUUUGAUCUGAUAUAGAUUUAUUUGAUCAUACUAUUUCUGAUUAUAUAUUUAUUUUUUAAAUAAGACACUGUAAAAAAUAAUCUUCAUUGUUUUAAA